UGUUCAGUUUCAGUGUUGGUGUUGUCCGUUUAAUAAACAGCAAUAAACAGUUCGUAUUUCGUUUUCGUGGCGAUUUCAGUCGUUUAUCGCGUAAAAAUCCGAAGAAAAUGAAUCGCCAUCCGAAUACUGACUACAAAAAUCGCAAUGACCUGCAGGUUGAAUUAGAGAGUCAGUUUAUUAUGCGGUUACCGCCGGAACCCGCCAAAGUACUGAGGGAAGCCUUACGCAGUACUUUGCCUUUAAAAGAUAGAUUUACUAUAAAACUGGAAAACGAUAUGCGUUACGGUGAGGUUAGGAUUGACCACUGGUUACUCCAUACUAAGGUUGUGGACCUGCCGACGAUAGUGGAAUCCUUAAAAACCAUCGAUAACAAAAGCUUUUAUAAAACUGCUGAUAUAUGCCAGAUGCUAUUAUGUAAAGAGGAGGACGAUCAUACCGCGACAGAUGAGGAAUCUCCUGUUAAGCAGAAGAAGAAGGAUCCAAACAAGGUCGACAAGAAGUUCCUUUGGCCUCAUGGUAUAACACCGCCCGCUAAAAACGUGAGACGCAGGAGAUUUAGAAAAACUUUGAAGAAGAAGUACGUAGAGGCGCCGGAGAUCGAGAAGGAGGUUAAACGUCUGUUGCGAGUGGACAAUGACGCUGUUAAUGUUAAGUGGGAAGUGAUAUGCGAAGAUGAAGAUACGUCGAAACCCAGCAAAGUCUCAUCGUCUGGCACAGUUAAGACUAAACGGGAGAGUAUGAAUGGGAACACAUCUCAAAGUCUGGAUGUUGCUGAACACGAUAUAUUUGGCGAGCCCGUGAGCGACAGCGAAGACGACGACGAAGAGGCGAACAUAAACGUGAUGGAGCUAGACGAGAACAGCCGACUUUCGGUGGACAGUAGAGUUUCCGACUCCAAUUCUAUGCAAGCCGCGUAUUCGGAGAGGUCGAGUAAUAACGCGACGACGAGCAGUGGACUAGUUACCGAGUUCAGUAAAGAUAUGUUCCACAAUGAUAACAACGGCGAUAUGGAAACCGAGAAGCUGCAGGGCGAGAGUACUCCGCCAAAAGUUCCCAAAUUGGAGCAAUUUCAUUCGGAAUAUAUUAUUCCAGAUGAUAUUGCUCCUGAUUACAUUGAAUCACCUCCAUCGAUAUCUAAAGGUUCUCGUCUCGCUACUCUUCACGCGGAAUUGGCGGAAUUGCAGCAAAGAAGGCAGCAACAGGAGGUCGAAAUAGCUAAUAUUGAAAACUUCAAACUGAAGCAACGGUUCCAGGAGAUCUUGGAUAAUUUGUUGACUCAAGAAAUGCAGAAAUUACAAGAGAUAAGAGAUCUGAAUCCGUGAUCGGAAUAGAAAAUGCAGCAAGAGUUUUAUGCAUUAUAUGUAUAAAAAAGCAGUUAAUAUAUUAUAUAAGAC